GGGACGCCCUAUUCCCCUCCCAGCGGCUGCCUGUCAGAGCGCUUCUGGGGAUAUUACAGGGGACCCAGCCCGCAGCGACAGGCACAAAGUCACGGGGUAAUGAACUUCGGGGACCCUUCGCCGCUGCGCGCGCGGCUCUCCCCGGAAACCCAGACCUGGCCGCCGCUUCCCUCCGGAGAUUUCCUGGCCAUCUAGCUUUCCCACUGCGCUCUGGGUUCCGGCAGCGCGGAGCCCCGCUGCCUCCGAGACUGCAGUCGGUGGCGCGUUCAUCUUAACAUCAGCGGUCUGCAGAGCUUGGCCGACACUCUGCACGCCCGAGAGAGGCAGAGACUGAAGACUGAGUCCCAGGAAUGGGGAGAGCGCGCGCCUUUGCCUCUUUUGCACCGUAGGAAGGCCAUUUUCGCGUCUCCAUCCCUGUCCUCCGGUUCCUCCCUCUUCUCCUCCUCCUCCUCCAGCCUGCCUGUCCGUCUCUCCAUCUGUCUGUGCAUCUGUGUGUCCGUAUCAAGCAGCACUCCCAGCAGCAGCAGUUUUGCAAGAGCCGGGAAUAAACUUAUAAAGAUGCUGGAAUUUCCACCGUGGAACGGAUUUUGAGCUCCUGGAGAAGAGCGCUGCGCUCCAGCGAUACCCACCUGCCCAGCCCGGAGUCUCGCAGGCUGGAGGGCGGCUGGCGAGCUGCGGCGCCCGGCAGCGAGGCGGGCGCUGCCGGCCGGGACUCGGGCAGUGCCCACCAGCCGCUUCGUUCCGGGACCGCCAGCAUGAGCAAACCGGCCGGAUCAACAAGCCGCAUCCUGGACAUCCCCUGCAAAGUGUGCGGCGACCGCAGCUCCGGGAAGCACUACGGCGUCUACGCUUGCGACGGCUGCUCCGGGUUUUUCAAGCGCAGCAUCCGGAGGAAUCGGACGUACGUCUGCAAAUCUGGCAAUCAGGGAGGCUGCCCGGUAGACAAGACACACAGAAACCAGUGCAGGGCGUGUCGGCUGAAGAAGUGUUUGGAAGUCAACAUGAACAAAGAUGCCGUGCAGCACGAGCGGGGCCCUCGGACGUCCACCAUCCGCAAGCAGGUGGCCCUCUACUUCCGUGGACACAAGGAGGACAACGGGGCGGCCGCGCACUUCCCCUCCGCCGCGCUGCCCGCCCCGGCCUUCUUCACCGCGGUCACCCAGCUGGAACCGCACGGCCUGGAGCUGGCCGCCGUGUCCGCCACCCCCGAGCGGCAGACCCUCGUGAGCCUGGCGCAGCCCACGCCCAAGUACCCCCACGAAGUGAACGGGACCCCGAUGUAUCUAUAUGAAGUGGCCACAGAGUCAGUGUGUGAAUCAGCUGCCAGGCUCCUUUUUAUGAGCAUCAAGUGGGCGAAGAGUGUGCCAGCUUUCUCCACGCUGUCUUUGCAAGACCAGCUGAUGCUUUUGGAAGAUGCUUGGAGAGAACUGUUUGUUCUAGGAAUAGCACAAUGGGCCAUUCCGGUUGAUGCUAACACUCUGCUGGCCGUUUCUGGCAUGAACGGUGACAACACAGAUUCCCAGAAGCUGAACAAGAUCAUAUCUGAAAUUCAGGCUUUACAAGAGGUGGUUGCACGGUUCAGACAGCUCCGGCUGGACGCUACUGAAUUUGCCUGUCUGAAAUGCAUUGUCACUUUCAAAGCUGUGCCCACACACAGCGGCUCUGAACUGAGAAGUUUCCGGAAUGCUGCAGCCAUUGCAGCGUUGCAAGAUGAGGCUCAGCUAACGCUCAACAGCUACAUCCACACCAGAUACCCCACCCAGCCUUGUCGCUUUGGGAAACUCCUGUUGCUCUUGCCCGCUUUACGCUCCAUCAGCCCAUCAACCAUAGAAGAAGUGUUUUUCAAAAAAACCAUUGGCAACGUGCCAAUCACAAGACUGCUUUCAGAUAUGUACAAAUCCAGUGAUAUCUAAGCUCUCCAGCCCCGGCUGUCCAGGAUGGGACAACGUCAGAUGGACUUCUACCCGUGGACAUCGAGCCUCAACUAACAAACCCUUCAGGAAGCAUACAUCUGGGAAUGUGUAGCCUUCAGGAAAUAUAUCAGUGGAUACAAAACAGUUCCAGUAGCUGUGACCUGCUGCCUCAACUGGGGUCGGGCAGCCUAGGAGGAAAGGGCUGAGCGGGACCACCCGAUGACAAACUCCUCACCGUGGUGCCGGGAGGGGCCAGCUGGGGGCUGCUGCAGGCCGAGCCCCCUGCCUGACCUGGGACACCAGGCAGAGCCAUCAAAAGCUAAGACAAGUCAUGCUGUCUUUUCCUGUUUAGCACAUAAAGUUGGGUGAGCAGAUAUAGCUCCAUGUAUAACAUCAUUCUGCGGCCUUCAGAAGUAUGUUACGUUGGAGCAUUUAUUUUUAAAAUACUGGCUAGGCUUUAAAUCAAGAGUAUUAUCAAAAGUUUCCCUUCUAUUGUAAUGCAUCAUAAGUGGCCUUCGGAACCGAGGUAACUGGUGAAGAGUAGCUUACGCUGUGUGGUUUGUUUUUACUCUCUCUCCCCCAUCUCCCUUUUCCUUUUUGUUCUGUUCUUUUUCCUUUCCUUCUUGUUUUUAAUACCAUAGGCCAGGCAGCCUUGUCGGAGGAAUCGGUGGAUGGAAGUGAAGUUCUCUCCGGGACUUCAGCUUGGAUGCCAUCUCAGAACCUGAAGAGAUGAGAGGGGAUGAGGAAAAACAGCAAAACCAAAAAACGUGGGGAUGUGUGGUCCAGUGAAGCCGAGUGCAGUCCUGUUAAGGCAGUGCCAAGGCCAAGGCAAGGGUCCGAGCUCACGGCUCUGCUGCCCACGCCAGGCACCGAAACAGUGCCCGGAGGAACUGCGGGGGGAGAAAGCUGAGAGGUUCCGUGACUGAUCUGUGCUGAUGGCCUGAGACUCUUCAGCGCUUUCCUAGUAAAGCCUUGAAUGCACACACAGAGGCAUGCGUGCACACACAGAGGCACGCGUGCACACACAGGCAUGCGUGCACACACAGAGGCACGCGUGCACACACAGAGGCACGCAUGCACACACAGAGGCACGCGUGCACACACAGAGGCACACAUGCACACACGCUGCAGGUCCCUCACUGUCAGUCAGCUGCUCCUCUGGUAUGAAUCGAUACUUACGGAAACGUAGAAACAAACAUUUUUAAAUAGCUGGUGUACUUUUCACAUUUUGGUCUAUUAGGAACUAGCACCGAGGAAAACAAUCCAGCACUUGGACUAUCAUAGGAUGAGUUAAAGUUUUCUUGUACAGAGUGAAUUAACUGAUUUGUGAAGUUAAAAGGCUGUACUCAUUGUAUUUACAAAGAAUAAAAAUAUAUUGAAUUUAAACAAA